AUGAAAAGAGAAAAUAUCCAAUUAAAAACCAAAGUUAGCCAGCUGGAAAAAAGAAUCUGUGAACUAGAAAUCAAAGAAUUUUCCUGUAACCUAGAGAUUCACGGAACUCAAAUCAAAAAUGAAGAUCCCAAAGAAGUUCUAAUGGAAAUUGCUAAUGAUCUUUUAUCAUGUAAUUUUAAUAGUCAAGAUGUGUCAGACUGCUUCAAACAAGAAACCAAAAAUGGAGCAAUAAUUGUUGCAAAGAUGAGAUCACGUGAUAUAAAAACUAAGUUUAUCAAAGCACGAAAAAAUCGUAAAAUGGAAUCUAAUAUGCUGAGUUGCAACAAAAACAAAGAGAAUACUUCAAAGAUCUAUAUAAACGAGCAGCUCACCUUUACAAACAGAAACUUGUUUAACAUUGUAUAUAAAUUAAAAAAGGAAAGGAAAUACAAAUACUGUUGGACAAAAAAUGGUAGGGUAUAUGUAAAAAAAUCUGAUGAUUCUGAGCCAAUUUACAUUCACAAUGAGGAUAUUAUCAAAACUCUUUAA